ACUCAUAUAGAUAGAUAUUGAAAAAUAAUUAUAAAAAUAUCAUCACUACCAAGAAAAUAUCUUGUAUUCAAUAUAUUCAAUUGAAAAAAAAUGGAGCAGAGUCAAGUUCAAUUCGUACCAUUUAACAGUUGUAUUAGUGGAGCAUUUUGGCAAAAAUUUUCCGAAAAUAAACUAGAACAUUAUAAACUGGAUGACAGUAAUAUUCAAUUAAUUGGUUACUAUUGUAAUAAUGAACAACCGGGUCUCCCUUGUACGUUUAACGUUGAUCAUGAAUCUUUUGAGGAGCUUAGAUUGGGAAGAAAUAAUUUCAGAAGCGAAGGAUUCUUAAAGAAUUUCAAUACGGUAGAUGAUUUUAAAAAUUGUGAUCAAGGUGUUUAUGCAAAGGAGGCUGGAAGAAAAUUAUGGCAAGAUAUUACUAGCGGCAAAAUCUUUGAUGAUGUUAGCUUACUUAAUCGUUUCUGUGUAUUAACUUAUGCAGAUUUGAAAAAAUAUCACUAUUACUAUUGGUUUAAUUUCAUCGGCUUAACAGGCCUAGAAAAAUUUUCCUUAAUAAAUCCUAUUAGACAAAUGAAUGAUCAAGAAGUGAUCCUUAUUUAUCAGGAGAUACAAAAGCUAAGUGGGAAAAUUGAACCAUUCUUUGGAGUUAGAAAAACCAAUAACGCCAUUGAAUUUCUUCAAUUAAAAGAAAUAUCUAAAUCUCUUCAGAAUAAGGAGGAAAUAUUCGUUGUUUGUUGCGAUCCAUCUUCCAAUGAUUAUCCUGGCUGGCCAUGCCGUAAUUUAAUUAUUAGUGCAUGCUAUCAUUGGGGAAAAUUUUCAGAUAGACUACGAGUAGUUUGCUUCAGAAGUAGGAAACCGGAAUUAAGUAUUGAAUUUACUGUUCAAUUGAAAGAUUUAAGUAAUUUAGAAGAAUGCCCAAAGGUUGUUGGAUGGGAGAAGAACGAAAAAGGUAAAUACGGACCAAGAAUGGUGAAUAUGGCUUCAAAUAUGGAUCCAAAUAAAUUAGCUGAUGGUGCUGUGGAUCUGAAUCUUAAACUUAUGAGGUGGAGACUAAUGCCUGAUUUGGACUUAGAUAGAAUUAAGAAUCUAAAAUGUCUAUUACUUGGAGCUGGAACUCUUGGAUGUAAUGUUGCUAGGAAUCUUUUAGGUUGGGGAGUUAGAACAAUAACCCUUGUCGAUAACGGAAAGAUAUCCUACUCUAAUCCAGUUCGACAAUCAUUAUUUUUCUUCGAGGACAGUCUAAAUGGUGGGAAACCUAAAGCUGAAACCGCAGCAAUAAAUCUAAAAAAAAUCUUUCCUGGUGUGAAGGCAACAGGAAUUAGUUUAAGCAUUCCUAUGCCUGGUCAUCAAGCCCUACCCGAUGUUAGAAAGGAUGUUGAGAAAAUACAAGAACUUAUGUUGGAACAUGAUGUAACUUUCCUUUUGAUGGAUACAAGAGAGAGCCGCUGGUUGCCAACUUUAUUAGGAGCAAAAUAUAACAAACUGAUAAUUAAUGCUGCUCUCGGAUUUGAUUCUUACUUAGUAAUGAGACAUGGACUGAAGUCCAAUACUAAUUUAGGAUGUUAUUUCUGCACAGAUGUCGUAGCUCCCGGAAAUUCACAGAAAGAUAGAACUUUAGAUCAACAGUGUACUGUUUCUAGACCAGGAAUGUCUAUGAUUGCAGCAUCUAUAGCUGUAGAAUUAUUGAUGACUAUAAUUCAGCAUCCUCUUGGCGGAGAGGCCCCAGCCGAUACUAGCUGUGAAGUUGAAGUAGAAGAGGGACUUUUGGGUAUUGUUCCCCAUCAUAUUAGAGGACAUAUGUCGAAGUUUACGCAAGUUUUUCCAACAAGCUUGGCGUUCAAUCAUUGCUCAGCUUGCUCAAAGCCCGUUCUUGAUGCAUUUGAAAAAGAUGAAUUUGAGUUUUUACUUAAGGUUUUCAACGAAUUUGACUAUUUGGAAAAGGUAAGCGGCUUGGAUGAGCUACAAAAGGGAAGCUCUGACGCCGUUGUUGACUACAGCGACAUAGACGAAUUAAGUGAUGAUUGA